CUCACAUUGGUAAACAUGAAACCUGAAUAGACGAUACUCAUGUCACCGAAUAUGUACCUUUUAACAGCCAGUUAUUGGCUGACGCUAUCCGACCCGGUUGUCAUAUUACGUAUUGUUGGUGUUUUCGCCAGGUAGCCUAUUCGUGGCAUUCGAUGCGAAACGGGGACAUUUUAAAAGCACAAAGAAAACAGUCAAAUGUCCGCCAUGUUGAUAUUGAAAUAUUUCAGCUUUCUUUUGUUCACUGUUGGUGAAAUGGUGUCCUUCAGUCACAUCACCACGGAUAAUACCUAAACAUCUCUGGAAGGUUUGGCUGACGGUUGGCUAAAAGCCGAAAUGGAGACCAGAGACACAAUGAAGGAAGGUCUUCGGUCUAUGAGGCAACCCAGUCUGAUCAAACAGCUGCGAUCUGUUCUUGACCAGUAUCCAAAAGGACAAAUUCUCAAGGAAAUGAUCCAGAAUGCCGAGGAUGCAGGCGCUAGAGAGGUAAAGGUGUUGUAUGAAGGCAGACAGUGCAACAGACCAGAAGAUCUAGUUAAUCUGGAUUAUGCACCCCAUGUGAAGGCAUUGCAGGGCCCAGGUUUGUGUGUAUUCAAUGAUGCAAAGUUUACAGAGAAAGACUGGGAUGGAAUUCAGAUGAUUCAAUGCAGCAACAAGGAACAUGAUCGUCUAAAGGUCGGACGGUAUGGUCUGGGAUUCAAGUCUGUCUUCCAUAUAACAGACUGGGUGUGCAUUUUAAGUGGUGAGUGGAUUCUCUUCAUCAAUCCUCAUCAACCAAAAGAUGAAGUCUGCUUGUUGAAAAAGCUUGACAAGUUGGACCAGAACACAAAAGAUGCUGUGUCUUCAUUAUUUGGUGGGACGUUUGGUUUUUCUCAAGCUUGUCUUCGAAAUGGGACCUAUGAUGGCACUUUGUUCUGGUUUCCACUACGCCAAAUUAAAUCUGAAUUAUCAGAGGAUGUGUAUGCAAAACGAGAUAUAAUGAACCUAUUUAAAGAUUUCAUGGCAGAGGCAGAAAUGACCCUGCUGUUUCUAAAAUCACUUGAAAGCAUAUCUCUUUUCAAAACACGUAGAUCUUCGCCUACUGCCCAGGCCAUUUUUUCAGUAAAAAUAGGCCACCAGUAUGUAGAAGCAGUUCACCUGGAACGGAUGCAAUUUAAGUCACAUCUUGACAGCAUUGGAAAUAAAUUACCAUCUAAAUCAUAUCAAAGCAUAUCCCACUUUUCUGUGGAGUGCACAAAGUUUAAUGUCCGUCAUCAUCCCAAAAUUACUUCACAAGACUGGAUUGUGGUGAAUUUCUAUAAAGGAGGAUCUAUGUCUGACCAGCUCCGACAUCUUUGUGCUGAUAGUGAUCUCUCAUACUCACCUUAUGUUGGAGUGGCCUACCCUCUGACAAACAUUGAUCAUUUCAAGGGACAUAUCUUUUGUUUUUUACCCCUUAGGUCGAAAAGUACUACUGGGUUGCCUGUACAUGUCAAUGGAUACUUUGCUUUAACGCAAGAUCGACGAGAGGUCAAAUGGUCUGAAGAUGAUGGGAAACAGGACCAGUGGAAUUGUUGUCUCAUUUCAGAGGUCAUUCCAGAAGCGUACAUCAUUCUGGUAGAGGAGCUUAAGAAAUACUGUCAAACAAAUAAUAAUUCUUCUGAGGUCAUUGAAUUGUUUUAUAGGUCAUUUCCUGAUUACAGAAAGGUUACUGACCACUGGAACAUUUCCUUGGAUCCUUUUUACAAGAAAUUAUUUCAAAUGGCAGCAUUUUUCAGCAAAGUAAACAGAGGAACAUGGAUUCACUGGAAUUGUGUUAUUCUGCCUGAUGCUGAAAGUAAAACUGAUAUCUAUGAAACUGUUACAAAGACAUAUUUAGAAUAUCAGCAGAAUAUUGUAGUUUUGCCAGAUCACAUUGUUGAAAAAAAAAAGGAAGAGGUCGCCAGUGUAUGUCCUGAUAGACUGUGUCAACUACUGAAAACAUCUGAUCGGUACAAGAACUAUGCACCAGCUGAACGAUUCCAUCUCUUGAAAUAUGUUCUCAGAUCAUCUUCACACACCAAUCUUGAAGGCUUAGCUCUGCUUCCUGUAGCUGAUGGAACAUUUAAGACUUUCUCAAAAAGUCCAGUCUUCUUUUGUCCAGGAAAAGUAAAUUUGUUCCCAGGAUUGGAAAAUAUUCUUGUUUGUGAACAUCUAGACAGCUUUAUUAAACAGAACCUUGCUAACAUGGCAAAGGAAGGUAUGAGAUUGGAAAAUAUUCUUGUUUGUGAACAUCUAGACAGCUUUAUUAAACAGAACCUUGCUAACAUGGCAAAGGAAGGAGAUUGUAACUUGAGAGAAGUUACAGCAGAGACAUUUCCGCGACUUGUGAGAGCUUGCUUCAGACAGAACUUUGCUAAUGUUGGUCCACCAGUUUUGCAGAAAGUAUCAAGUAAAUUAGGAGAGCAAUGGCUCACAGACUUGUGGUCUUGUGCUUCAAAGCUUGGAGUGGACAUGCAGUUUUCUUUAUCAGAAUUGCCUCUAGUACCAGAGUACAGUGAACAUACAAUAAAACUGCACCCUCUGAUAAACCACUUCAUGGUGGAAUCUUUUACUGGUUUUGAUACACUUCCUGCAGAGAUCUCACAGUCUAUGCAGAAAUUAGGUGUUGUUGUUUUGCCACAUGUUCCUGACUAUAUUCAAGAUGUGUUACCUGUUGGUGUUGACAUUCAAUUUCCCAGUGCACAGGGUGUCAAUAAGGUAUUAUCUGGUCACAUUUCAAAAGAAAAGAUAGAACAUUUCAACCGCUCAGCAGAGGAUUCUGUGAAGGAAAUCUUUGUAGAAUAUCUAGCGUCGGGCAAAGAGAUAAUCCCAGAUGCCAAAGAAACCCUAAAGCAUUUGAAAUUAUUUAAAAAUACAGAAUGUUCACAAAGAAGUACAUCAAUCACUGAGUUGGAUAAAAUGGCUCCAAAAGAAAAAAUCCCAGUAGCAUAUCCAUCACUGUAUUUGACUAGUGAAUCUAACCCAUCACGUGGUAUAGCCAUACAACUUGGAGCUAAAGAAAUUUCAAUGAUCCAACUUAUUUGUGAAGUACUAGACAUCAUGGCUUCCUCAAAUCAGAAACAGUACAAUAGCAACAAUAUUAAAAACUUUGUGCUGUAUCUUUUUAAAUAUAGUGAUCUUUAUCUCACUAUAAAAGCAAUUAAACAAAAAGCAUCUAAGAUCCGAUUUGUGCCGUCUUGUACAAAAAACACAUUAUGCAAAGCUAAUGAAUUGUUUGAUCCAAGAAUUCCUUUUCUCAAGAAUCUAUUUUAUGGUGAGGAUGUGUUCCCCAGUAAAACAUAUUGUGAGUCCAAUUUUUUGAAUGGGUUAAAAAAGCUUGGAUUGAAAGAUGAACAGAAGGUUACACUAAAAGAUGUACGUAAUUCAGCUAUGGUAACUGAAAGUAUUCUUGGUAAAACUGAUGAACAGAACAGGGUGAUCACAAAAGCAAGAUACAUUUGGAAAGCAUGUGAGAAACGUAACAUCUCAGACAUCAAAUCCACUGAACUUAUGUCAUCUCGUUGGAUACCAGUUCUAAAAAAAAGACCUUCAGCAUACCCAAAACAUCUUCCAUUUGCUGGUGAAAAUGAGUGUCCUAUAGGCAGGCCACAGGAUAUGUGUCAUUUCACUCACUUGUCCUUAGUAGGAUCUAUCAGAACAGUAACAAAUGAUACAGUGCCCAACGAAUUUGCUUCUUUAUUUCAAUCCCCACCUGAAGAAGUGGUUCUUGAUCAUUUUGAAAAUAUAAUAAACAGUUAUACUGCAGAUGAACAUCCUAAGUACAUAGCGCAGUUGGAUGAUGUGUACACAUAUUUCAGGAAUAGUCAGCUUUCAUCUGAAGGACAGAUCAAAUUGACAGCCAUGAAAGUAGUGUGGGCUGGAGAAAAUGCUGAAUUUGUUCAAGCAGAAAAAGUCUGGAUAGAUCAGUUACCAUCAGAUGUUGAUUUAACUCCUUAUCGAUUUCCAAUACCAAAAUCUUUGAAACAUUUCAGUGAUCUGUUUUGUCAAAAUGGUGCACCAAUAAACCAAACAGUUAAGAUGUUACUUGAUGUGUUGACUGAAAUUCAACAAAAAUAUGAAAAUUGGGCUGAUCAGCAGUCAGUGUCACAUGAUUUUAAUCUGGUUAUAACCAUCCUGGAUGCCCUUAAAACGAGAAGUUGUAUUGACAAGAAGAAAAUCCUUAUUCCAGUACAUAAUAAAGACGACAGGCUCAUACUUAAGCAAGUUGAGGUUUGUGUAUACUGUGAAUCAUAUCAGAUGUCAGAUGAUGCUGACAAAAAAGGUUAUGAAAGUGAAGACGUUUAUUUUGCUAACAUCUCUUCAGAUCUAGCUAAAGACCUUGGGGUUCGUAUUUUGACAAAUCCAUUAAUGGAUGCUACAGAAGAAAUUGAUAUGAAUUUUGGUCAAACAGAACCUUUGACUCGAAGGCUGAGAAAUCUUCUAUGGGAAUAUACAGAUGGUUUUUCUGUUCCAAAGGAGAUAAUACAAAAUGCAGAUGAUGCUGGGGCAAGUGAAGUUAAUUUUCUCUAUGACGAAAGAGAAAACAUAAAUGCAAGAACCAAUUUAAUUAACCCAGGAAUGUCUUCCUUACAGGGACAAGCAUUAUGGGCACAGAAUGAUGCCCAGUUUUCAAAAUCUGAUUUUGAUAACAUAACAAAGCUAAGUGGAGAAACAAAAAUGGAUGAUGCUACGAAAAUUGGGAGAUUUGGACUAGGUUUCAAUUCUGUCUACAACUUGACUGAUGUUCCAAGUUUUAUAAGUGGAAACAAUGUAGUCAUAUUUGAUCCACACGAGAGCUACCUUGGUAGUGCAGGCAUGAAGGCAGAUCUCACAAAACAGAAAAACAAAUCUAUGUUGUGUAAGAUGAAGGAUCAAUUCGAACCAUUUCAAGGAGUGUUUGGUUGUGAUCUCUUACAACGUGAUUCUCAGACCAUGUAUGCUGGCACAUUGUUCCGAUUUCCACUGAGAACAAAACUACAAGCACAACAAAGUCAAAUCAGUGACCUAUGCUAUUCUUCAUCUGAGAUGAAAAGAUUCCUUGAGAUAUUUAUAUCUAAUGCUGGAAACUUGCUGCUCUUUUGUCAAAAUGUGAAAACUGUCAGAAUGUAUCAUUUGCGAAAGCGCGUGUCUGAUCCUUCAAAGGCAACACUUCUGGUAGAAGUGAGGAAAAAUGUAGACUGCAACAGUAAAAUUGACUCUGGUUCAGUUUUGAAGUAUUUUACAAAUGUCUGGAAAAAGAAAUGUCCGGAGAAAAAUAUUGGCACCUGUGAUAUUGUUAAUGAGCAUAUCAGUAUAAUGCUGUCUGUAUUUGAUGCAGCCUCUAAAGUGUGCAACAUUUCGUCAGAAAAUAGUCAGGUAAAGUGGAUUGUUGCUUGGGUACUUGGAUGGAGAGAAUCCGCACAAAUGGCACUAACAGUGAAACUCCGAGGACUUUUACCAGUUGCAGCUGCAGCAGUGCCCGUUUUUAAAAUUCAAGGCCAUGAUGUUCUGGGUCCCGUUUCAGACUGUCCUGAGGGAUUUUACAAGGAAGGUCAUCUGUUUUGUUUUCUGCCAAUACCAAUUAAGAGUUGUGUGCAAUUACAUAUAAAUGCAGCAUUUGCACUGACACAUGACAGAAAACAUCUUUGUUCCAGAUCUGAAGAUGAAAAAUCUGAAUCCACUGAAGCUAAGUGGAACGAAGUUCUUCUAUCAGAUGCAGUACCAUCAGCAGUGAUCUGUGUACUUGAAGAUUUGAAACGGAUUGGUGAUGUUGAUGCUGAAAUCUUCUACAAAUUGUGGCCAAAGAGUGAAAUGCAAUGGGGCAUACUUUUUAGAAGAUUUUAUGAAUUUGUUGUUAUAGAAAGACCUGUUCUGUUUGUAUACAAUGGAAUGUGGGUUGAUUUUGAAAACACACUGGUUUUAGACCCACAGUUACGUUUUGCAGAUAAUGUAGGAGAAUCAGCCUUUAAAGCAUUUGAAUAUUAUUAUAAGGGACAGCUGACAGUAAUAGAUCUUCCUAGAGAAAUCAUCAAAUGUUUUGUUGAUGCAGGAUUUGAGAAAGAGUUAAAGUCACAUGUUUGGUGCACAGAAAAGUUUUAUGAAGAGCUCUUCUUUCCCAAAGUAAGUGACAGCUACUGGCGAAAGAAAAAUCGGGACAGGGAUUGUUUGGUAAUAUUUGCCAUAAAAUUUGCCUUCAAAUAUAACAAUGCAAAAAUGAAAACAGUCCUCAAGAAGACUCGAUGCAUACCAACUAGACCUUACGGAAGACUCAAACAACCAAAAGAGUUGGUUCAUCCAAGUGGAAAGACAUCUUGUUUGUUUCGUGAUUCUGAUGAAGUUUUUCCAUUAAUAUACACUAACGGGUUUUGUGCUUCAAACAUUCUUUCAUUUCUCGGUGACCUUGGUAUGCAAAACAAAGAGUUGUACUGGAGUGUUGUACCUGAAAGAGUUCAAUCUAUAAAUGGAUUAUAUGAAGAAAGCAGUGAAGCUGCAAUUGAGAGAUGCAGACUUAUUUUACAAUACCUUGAGGAAAAGGUACAGCAGAAUGUGCAUGUUCAUUUAGUGAACAGAUUUAAGAACUGUCCAAAUCCUAUCAAAGACCAGAUGAAAUGUGAAAAGUUUUUGCCCAUUAAGCAGAAACCACUGAACUGGCCAACCGUUUGGCAUAGUACUGAAGAUAAAGCCAAGCUGGGAUCACCUCAGUUAAUGUGUUUUCCAGAAUGUAUUCAUAUUGUUUGUUCAAAUAAACUCAUCUUGGAUUCAAAAUCACUGGAUGUAACUUUAACCAGGAAAGUUCUUGAAUGGUUUGGUGUGCGGUCCAAAGUUGAUAUUCCAGUGUCUGAUGUUGUUGAACAUUUGUUAACAAUCUCAGUGACCAAACGCGAAGAACUUAAGACAUCUGCAUUAGAAAAGCUGGCAUCUACAUGUUCAGAUGUAUAUACUCAUCUGAAUAAAGUCUGUUUAUCCAAGAACAAAAAUGAAAAGGCUAUAAUAUUAGAAAAGCUAUAUAAUAAUCCAGUCAUCCUACAAGGUAAAACAUUCAUCAGAUCAGAGCAGAUAGCAUUUACCUGUAACGUUGAUUGUAAUGCAUUGAAGCCAUAUUUGUACAAAGUUGAUGAACGUGCACAAAAACAGUAUGGGAUAUUUUUACAAAGCGUUGGCGUCAAAAAAACUUUUAAACCAACAGAUGCUGUAAAUGUUAUGAUAAAACUAUCACAAAAUUGUGGAAAAAAGCCAUUAUCAAAAACAGAACUUAACUGUUGUGAAAAAGCAGCCAGCCUUUUGGUGCAGCUUAUAGAGAAAACAACUACUUGGACCAACAGAAAACCUGGAUAUGUUGGAGAAAUGUUUAAAUCACUGUAUCUUCCAGAUAACAGAAGAAUUCUACAUCCAUUCUCUGAACUUUGUUUGGAUGAUUGUGAGUGGCUCCAGUCAAGUUCUGUGAAGUUUUUGCAUCGUUGUAUGUCAGGGAAAGUUGCAUAUGCUUUUGGAAUUAGGACUAGAAGACAGGAAGACCUAAAGUCACAUUCUGUACCAUUUGUUCAGGAAUUUGGACAGUCUGAGGCUCUGACUAACAGGCUGAAUAGAAUCCUAGAUGGAUAUCCAUGUGACUCUUCUCUCAUGAAAGAACUCCUGCAGAAUGCUGAUGAUGCUUGGGCAUCAGAACUGAUGUUUAUUAAAGAUUUCAGAACCCAUCCUUGUGAAAGAAUAUUUGAUGAUAGAUGGAAGCCAUUGCAAGGUCCUGCAUUGUGUGUUUAUAAUAACAGCUAUUUUAAACAAAAAGAUCUGGAGGGAAUCCAGAACUUGGGUUGUGGCAGUAAAGCAGGUGAUCCACUUAAGACAGGCCAGUAUGGAGUCGGAUUUAAUGCUGUGUACCAUUUGACAGAUGUUCCAACCUUUCUGACCAUGGGACCAGAAACUGAAGAGACUCUUUGUAUCCUUGACCCCAAUUGUCUAUACACUCCCACUGCUAGACCAGGUAUUCCAGGAGCAAGAUUUAAUGGAAUACUACAAAUGCGCAAGUCAUACAAAGACAUAUUUUCAUGCUUCCUUGAAGAUAAAAUUCCACUACAGCCACAAGGUACGUUGUUUCGGUUUCCACUUCGUACUGAAGAAAUGGCCAGACACUCAAGUAUUUCCAAGAGAAUGAUGUCUACAAGGAACAUAGAAGAAUUACUGGAGUCCUUUACAGCUGAUAUGGCAGAAUCGCUUCUGUUUCUUCAUAACAUAAAAAAGAUUACUGUAGCAUCCAUACAAAAAAAUGGAGAUAAACAAGUUGAACAUGUUGUUAAAACAUCAACCGAUCCUGAAAAUGUUAAGAAAAUACACCAGCAUUUUAACAACCUUUGUGAGAAGGUGAAACAGGCAAGAACUGAGAAUAUGGAUUUGAGGCAGUUAGAUGAAGAAAAGGUUUCGGUAAACCUAAAAAUAAUAAUAACAAACAAAGAGAAGAAGAAGAAGAAGAAACAACGAGAACAAGAGUGGUUGGUUGUUCAUCAAUUUGGGUUUGCUGCAAAUUAUGAUUUACCAGAGGAAAUAGAUUCAGCCUGGAAGAGAAAGGAAAUCAAGUUGUUACCCAGAGGUGGAGUUGCUCUUCGUCUUGACAAGCCAUUUGAACAAUGUGACAAGAAAGUAUUUUGCAUGCUUUCACUGCCAAUUGAAACUGGCUUACCAGUGCACGUCAAUGGACACUUUGCCCUCGACCAUGAAGCCAGGAGGAAUUUGUGGCAUGGUGCUAGUGAUCUCCGGUGUGUAUGGAACGAACACAUAGUAAAAACACUAAUAGUACCAGCAUAUCUUACAGCUAUACAGAAUGCACAGGCCUUGUGUUUAAAUGACCAAACCCCAAGCAGUAUCCAUCACUGCCUAAAAAAAUAUAACAGUCUGUUUCCAGAUACCAAGAAAGUUAAGGAAGAAUUCUGGAACACAUUGGUAUUUUCUCUUUAUAAAGAGUUGACACAAAAUGAACUCAAAGUAUUUGCAGUAAUUACUAACACACCCAGUGUUAAAUGGGUUUCUGUAUGUGUCAGCACUGGAUUUCCAGGUUUUUUCAGCAAUCUUGAUUCAUAUUUCUUGGAAUCAAAUACACAUAUUCCCUCUGAUAGUCCCAAUUCCUCAAAGGUCAUGAGCGAUUGCACCAAUGAAAAUGAAACACUUCCACCAGGAGUAAAACUGGUUAGCUUAUUGAAAGACAUAAACAUGAAAGUUAUUGAUGCACCGUUGUGGAUUUAUGAAAACUUUUGUGCUGCUGGUGUAGCUGACAAAGUUCAGUGUGUAACACCAAAAAAUGUCAUUAGAUUUCUGAAGUCUUGUAAAUCAGAAAAUGAAUCUGAUGGGUGCUAUCUAGGUGAAAUGCCUCAGCAAGUAAAAAACACUUCAUUUCAGAAUGCAGAAACUGUAAAAUUUCUCAUUACCUUCUGUCAGAAAGAUGAAACGUUUAAUUCUGAAAUAGUUGGUCUCCCAUUGUGUCUGUCGAAUUCAUGUCAUUUGGAUGUUUUCAACACUGAAAAUCCAAUCCUUGUAACAAAGUUCUGUGAUGUUAUUAAAGGUUCUCCAGACAAAUGCCUUCAUAAAGACAUUGCUAGUUUGUUUGAACAGUUUGCAAAAUCCUGUCCAGCUCUGAAAGAAAUGACAAUUAAUGACUUGUCCACAUUGCUGCCCGACACACUAGAUCAAGAUGUGUUUAGAUCUGACUCAGCAGUUAUGUGGAAUGAUGGAGAUACAAAUCUACCUACCAAGAAGUGGAUAAUCCGAUUUUGGAUGUUCCUGUAUGACCAACUGCAUAUUCAAAAUAACCUGUCUCUGGAGGAUUUUGGAGAAUUGAAGGAGUGGACCUUAUUGCCAUGUAAGGUUACCAUGAAGAACACAAAGGAAGCAACAGACACAUACCAGAAUGAACUGUAUCCAAUUAAGAAAGCUAAAUGCAUAGUCAAUCUCCAAAAUCCCCCAUCUGUUAAAUUACAGAAGGCAAUGAAAACACUUGCUUUACCAUUCUUUGAUUCUGAGUUUUUAAGUGAUGAUGUUUCUUCAUUUGCAUCACGUCUUGUUGCAAAUUGGGAAAAUAUACACAACAUGUUAAUUGCUUUGUCCAGUCAUACAUAUGGGAAGAACUACCCCUCUGUUAAAAAUGGCCGUACUUUGCUGAAAUAUAUUUAUGACAACUUGAAGGACAACAUUAAUACAUAUCUCGACAUUGAAAUGUUAAGAAAAUUACCUUUCUUUGGUACAUUGUUUGAAUCAACCUUGCCAUUAGUGGAUUGUGACCAACCAUUGUUUGUUGAGAGUCAAUGGUCUAUUCCUAGAGAAGGACUGAAAGCCUGGAGUCUAGAAACCAACACAACACUUUUCCAGUCUCAAAACAGUCUUAAAAACUUGUAUUCAUUGAUGAACAUAACUGUACUUACAGCACAUGAUUUCUAUACUGGUUGGCUUUUACCCCGUUUCAGGCACCUUCCCAAAACUGCAAUAUGUAUCCACUUACAGUAUAUUAAAGAUACUUUGUUAAGUUCAGAAUACCUGUGUGAACAGAAAAUGGACAAGGAGAAACUUAUAACACUGUUGAAAGGAUUGCCCUUUAUAGAAAAGAGAGAUGGAACUUAUAGCAAAGCCAGUGAAUUCUUCAGCAACAAAAACAAAGUUUUUAUAAUGUUUAAGCAAACUGAAUUUCCUCCAGAGCCUUACAAUGAGAACGAGUGGCAUGACUUCCUGGUUCAAGCAGGCAUGGUAAAGAAUGUAUCUGUACCACUUUUUAUCCAGUUUGCAGAGACAGUUGAAUUAGAAGGAAGAGAAUGCAUAACUGAGCAGGUGAAAGCUAUGUCAGAAACACUGGUUUGGUAUUUGAAAUAUUCGAGACACUAUGUACUGGAAAAGAAUUUGCUUACAAAGGUAAAAAUGAUCAGGUUUGUAAUUCCAUACUGUGUAGAGACACAAGAGGAACAGGGAACUGAAAUGACUAGCAUUUAUCCACAGUAUGAAAGGGCAAAAACACUGGUUGCAUUUGGAAAUUCUUUGUCAUCAGAGCACUGCUGUGUUGGAUGGUCCAAUUGCACUAUGUAUGCAAAAGAAAACAAAGAUAGUUUUUUGGAACUUAAUAAAAAUGGCUCGAUUCCAACAAAAGAUGUUUUCAUUUUGCACAUGAAAAACAUAACUAGAUCACUCAAAAUUGCUCAAAUCUACAACUUGCGUGGUGAAAAAAAGAAGAAAAUGCAGUCUCUCCUCCAGGUGGUUUUCACCAAAUGCUACCAUUAUAUUCAAAAUAAUUAUGUUGAUGGCAUAAGAGAUGAAUUGAAGACAUACUCAGUAAUUUAUCUGGAGGAUUCCAAUCGUAUGGUGAGAGCAGGUGAGGUCAUCAUUGAUCUCUCUGAUGAUGAAGCUGUUGAUGGGUAUAUCUACAAAGCUCCUCUAUUCUUUGGGCAGUUUAUGGGUGCAUUUGAAAAAUUAGGAUCAUCUAAAAAAGUAACUGCUAAUCAUUAUGCUCAAGUUCUGGAAAGUAUGUAUUCAAAUACAAAGGGCAAAAAGUUACAUCCAAAUGAAUUGAAGACCGUGCAAAAGGCAGUAUGCAAACUAUUUGAGUGUAUUCAGAAGAAUAAGGAUGUGUGUGCACGGUCCAUAUCAGUACCUUGUCUCUAUCUUCCAAACCAGCAUGCUCAUCUUGAAGAUGCAAGUAAGUUAGUAAUGAUAGACAAUCAUCAUUUGAAUAAAAGAGUCAAGUCACUGAACCUCUGUUAUUUAAUUGAUUUUAAACGUCUAGAGUUGGGCAGAUUAAAUCCAGUUACUGAUAUUGUUUCUCUCCCAGAAAGGUAUAGACCACAGAUUUUAAGCAGAUUGGUUAAAGAGCAUGUCACCCCAGAAUGUAAGGAAGAAGCACGUACUGGAAAUGUAUCACGUUCCAUUUUAGAACACAUUCAGUCACCUGCAUUUAUCACCGGAGUAAUCCGUUUAAUCAGUGACAAUAUGCAUCCAGAAGGAAUAACAGAUGAAAAAGCCAAAGAAACAGAAACAACUCUUUUGAAAUUAGAGGUACUAGAGGUCUCAGACUUAAAAACGUUCUUAAGUUGUUCAAGAAAAACUGUGGAUGGCAGCAUAAAUCAGAGAAAAUGGUUUUACGAGAAACAAUUCAAAGAACAGUCACAGUUAUGUGGAUCAUACUGUAUAUAUUUGGAUAAGGAGUACUGCCAGAAAUUCAACACAGUAUACCGUGAUAUUGCAAGAGCCAUCAAUAAAAUAUUGCCUUCUAAAAUUGGACGAAUUGACUGUCUUUCAGAAAUGCUGCUUAUAUCUUCAGCAAGUGACAUUUCUUCUCUGCUCGACAUGGAGGAAAUAAUACCUUCAAAUUAUAAAAUAACAAAACCUGCAACAGUGUUUCCAUCACCAGGAUCAUUAAUACCCGAGGAAUUUCACUGUAUGCUUGACAAUAACUUUGAUUUGUUAUCUGUAGGUGAAUAUGUUGGCCUUGAAGUGUAUGAUCCAGUUAUUGAGGAUAGGAAGGGUGAACCAGAAAAGACAUCAACAACUACUGAAUCCUCAAAUCCAGUUUUUAUUUAUGCUGUUGUUAAGGAGAUUUUAGAGGACAAUGUUUAUCCCAUGAUGGUGAAGUAUCGAGUUGAAGUUGGAGAAGGCAGGCAAGAGGACAUUCUUGGUGCAAAGUUGUACAAAUUCAUCAGGGACCAAAGCAGUGUAGAAGUAGAACUUGUUCCAUCCACUUCUUCGGCAACUUCAGAAGGUGUUCCCACUCUUGAUCUGGAAACUAUACUGAAAGAAAUCAGACAAACUUUGAAAGAAGCCUGGCAUAGUUUGGAAGAACCUGACCGAAAGAGAGUGAUAAAACGAUUGUAUCUGAGAUGGCAUCCAGAUAAGAAUGACCCAAGCAUGAAAGACAUCUGUACCAAAGUGUGUCAGUACAUUCAGCUUUACAUGAAGAAACUAAACAAUGGUGAAAGUAUUGAUAAUAUCACUGAGCAUAAUUUCAGCGAAGAGCCGCCAUUUAAGCGUAGAAAGUAUAGACAUAGGAGAGAUGAUGAUUCUUCAUUUUUUGACUUUAUGAAUACAAGAUCUAGGUCACAUAGACAACAUUAUAAAACUUAUAAAGAACAUAAAAGCCAUGGACAGAGCUCAUCAUUUGACUUUGGUUCAGCAAGUGACAGUUUCCAUUCAGCUACAAGAGAGAAUGCAUAUCCACAUCGUCCAGAAGCAAAACGAUGGUUAAGACAAGCCAAAGCAGAUCUUGAUGCAGCAGCAAAAGGACUUUCAAACCCAUCAUACAAUGCAUUCAACUGGAUCUGCUUUAAAUCUCACCAGGCAGCAGAAAAAGCUUUAAAAGCCAUGUGUUAUAACGAAAAUGCUGGAUGUACAGACAGGAUCAGAAGUCACGACCUUCGUUCUAUUGCACGGAACUUGAUGGAUGCUUCCAGCCAGUUGUUGUCUGCUGUGGCUGACCUAGAAAUCCUUGUUGUUGACUUCAACCGAAUGAGGUAUCCAGAUCGUCUUUCAUUCCCAGCGAUUCCUUCUGAAGUCUACAGCAAAGAAACAGCUCAGAAGGCUUAUGAACUUGCAAACAUUAUUGUACGUCAUGCAGAAGAAAAUAUUUCUUAGAAGUGGCAUACAUAUCAGGAAGAUUAUUACAGAUUGUGAUGGAUGUGAUGAUGAAGUAUGUCGAAGGUCCUAUGAAAAUACAUGUACUGAGAAAAACAUUCAUCAAAAUGCAGCACUGGGUACUGAUACUUGUAGUGGGAAAUAUAUAUACAUCGUUUC